ACUUAAAUGUGAGGGAGGAAAAUAAACAUGAUGGACACCAUUUUGACCAGGCGUCAGACGUGCUAAACUGGGCUAAGAAAAAAAAAAAAAAGGUGAAAAGUAUGUCUGAAAUGGAAGAUAUUUCAAGUGUGCUUGAGAUUCAGAGAAACACCACUUCAGAGAAAGAGGUGGACAUCAGUGGAAGAGCUAAGGAGGAUGCGAUGAGGCAGCCACCCCUGAUUAUCACGGAAGGAGACGAUUCUGUAUUUUACACAGAAGGAGAGGAAAUUUCACAGCAAAGUAUUGCCUCUAUUUGGGCUCCGUGUUCAGGGGAACCAGUUUGGCCAGAGAAACUGAGUUCAGAAACUCAGUCUUCAUGUCACAGUAUUGUACUGAUGGAAGCAAGCUCUGAACAUGACAGUGGUGCCAUGCUGAAAGAAAUGGGAAGUAAAAUGGAAAACAAAGUGAAUAAUGCGUCAUCUACAGACACUGACGUACACGGCGAGACAGCAAGUAACAGGCGGAUAACACAUGCUGAAGAGCUUUUAGUGCCUCCAGUGGUACCACUCGGUGUGUCUACUUCAGAUGAAACUGCACAGAUAAAGGAAAGAGCUGUCACAGACACAGAUGAGAGCAGCAGCUUUUUACCUGAUGAUGCCAGAGAGGCAGGAGUCAGUGGUGUGGAGAAAGUGGAGCAAGAACAUGGAUUAGAUGUGGAAUGCAAAUCCAAUGACAAGCCGUUUAAUCACCUGACACAUCCAAAAUAUGGAACAGUGUCAUAUAGAAAAAUUCAGAGAGGCCAAACCAGGAAGAAGAUUGAGAUGUUCGAGUCUAUGAUGCAGCUGUAAAAACCAUGACAAUAACUAACACACACACCAAAAACAAACUACAUUUAUUUACUUAGAUGUGAACAGUGUUGGGGGACGUUACUUUUUAAAAUAACUAAUUACAUUACAAAAUUACUGUCUUUAAAAAGUAAUCAGUUACAUUACAGCGUUACUUUCUCAUAAAAGUAACUAGUUCAAGUAUUUUUCCAUUGCAGAAAAUGAAAACUCCUUUGUGAUUCUCCAUGCAUAUUGUUUUAGUCAAGACCUUUAUAAUUAUUCUACCAUCAUCACUCAGUGAAUUUUGGCCCAUAAUCUGUUAACAACUAAUACCCCUAUAUCACCUACGCGGUUUCACGCGGUGGCCUUACGUACGGUUCUUCAUGAUUUACUGCAAGUUUUGGGGCUGUGAUUAGGUUUCCAUCUUUCCAUGCAUCGGUCUACUCAUAUUCAAACCGCAUUGGUGAGAUAUGGGUAUAACAGCAGGAAUAACAGAGGGGGGCAGGUUAUCGGGGGGCGGGGCUUGUAGGACGACUUUUACACAUGCACUAAGGGUUUGGGAAUGACGGCUGUCUGGCUCACGGAUUACAUCAAUUGUCUAAAUAACAGAUUACAUUUUUGAAAAAGUAACUAAAUAACUAAGUACUUAAAUGGUAGCCCAACACGUUAAAUUACUCGUUACAUCAAAGAAAUGUAAUCCAAGUAUAGUGGAACCUUGAAUUACGAGCAUAAUUCGUCCCAGAAGUGGGCUCACAUUUCAAAACACUCGUAAACAAAAUUUAAUUUUCCCAUAAGAAAUAAUGGAAACUCAAAUAAUGCGUUCCACAGCCCAAAAAAAUAAAUACAUAAAAAUGAUCAGUACAAAAUAUAAAGUAAAAAAAAAAAAAAUCAAUCUGCACUUUAU